AUGCUGGUGACACUUUAUUUUGUUGACACAGUUCACAGAAUCUUGGUUGACUUUGCUCAGCAAGAUGAUAGCGAAGAUGAUAUGGAAGAUGCCUCAGUAUUUGAAUCUGAUAAAACUUUACCAGCACAUGCACGUACUAUUCAUGAUGGACUUUAUCGAGCCAUUGAUGUUUACCUCAAAGCUCAUCAGGGUUUAUCAGAUCCAGAUAAGAAGAGGCUCUGCAACCUGAUCGAUUUUCAAAAGCUUUCACAAGAAGCUGGUGCACAUGCUGCACAAAAUGAACGCCUUCCUCUCCAGUCAAUUGUGCAAGUACUUUAUUUUGAACAGUUGAGGCUCCGAAAUUCCUUAUCCUGCUCUUAUCCUGAUGAUGACCACAAGCCAAUGCAUCAAUCUUGGCGGAUCAGCAGCGGUGCUCUCAGUGCUGCAAUGUCUCCCCGGGACAACUAUGCAUCACUAAGGCGAGAGAGAACCGGGAGCUGA